CAUCGGGCAAUUAGCGCUUUGACGAAACUGAAAACAGGAUGUGAUAUGAGCCCAAGUUAUAUUCGAUUAUUUAUAGAAACAGUUUGGCAUAGGUUAUAGAAUGGCUUGACGAUAGUUUCUUAAUACAAAUAAACACGUAGACUGUGAUGUGUACACAUUCUUUUGAGUUUGACAUAUAGGGAAAAGACAAACUGUGAUAAUUAUAGUGAAUCAUUUUGUGAUUAGUUGGAUUUUUUGUGAAAGUGUGCUAAAUGCUGGGUAGGAAGAAACAUCAUCAUAACCAUCACAGAGAGAAAAGACAUGUUUACAUUCCUUUCUCGAGAAACAGGCGGGGCUCUGCUGAUUCAAACUAUUCACAACCAUCAUCGGACCUGUCGCUUGAUGAGGAGAAAGAGACCUUACGCCGAGAGAAGGAAAGGCAGGCACUUAGUCAACUUGAAAAAUCGCGGACAAAGCCGGUAGCAUUUGCUGUUCGAACCAACGUAGCAUACGAUGGCUCGCUAGACGACGACUCACCAGUCCACGGUUACGCAAUUUCCUUUGAAAUUCGAGAUUUUUUACAUAUAAAGGAAAAGUACGACAACAAUUGGUGGAUCGGCCGUUUGGUAAAGGAAGGUUGCGACAUAGGCUUCAUCCCCUCUCCAGUGAAAUUGGAAAAUCUGAGAUUGCAGCAAGUCCAGACCAGAACAACCAAACUUUAUUCAAGUAAAACAAGUUCGAGCUCUAAUAUAGGGGCCGCUGGUAACGAUGUUUCCAGAGGUAGCACUCCUCCCACGCCUGGGGACGAAUCUGAUUCGAUGGGCAAUCCGAGGACGGGAAAAUCUCUCACUACUCCGCCUGCAAAGGAAAAGAAGAAACCAUUUUUCAAGAAGCAAGAGACAACAGCUCCUUACGACGUAGUACCUUCCAUGCGACCGGUUGUCCUCGUAGGUCCUUCACUGAAAGGAUACGAAGUCACCGACAUGAUGCAAAAAGCCUUAUUUGAUUUUCUAAAACAUAGAUUUGAAGGAAGAAUUAUUAUAACUAGGGUAAUGGCAGAUAUUUCGUUAGCUAAGCGUUCUUUAUUGAACAAUCCCAACAAAAGGGCGAUCAUGGAGAGAUCGACUGGACGAUCGUCAUGUCUUUCCGAAGUCCAAGCCGAAAUCGAACGGAUCUUCGAGCUUGCAACAACUCUACAACUUGUGGUGCUGGAUUGUGAUACUAUAAAUCAUCCUUCACAACUUGCCAAAACUUCAUUAGCUCCUUGUAUUGUAUAUCUUAAAAUUAGUAGUCCUAAGGUUUUGCAAAGGCUCAUAAAGUCCAGAGGAAAGAGCCAAGCUAGGCAUUUGAAUGUACAAAUGGUCGCUUCGGAAAAAUUAGCUCAAUGUCCUCCAGAGAUGUUUGAUGUUAUAUUGGACGAAAAUCAGUUGGAAGAUGCUUGCGAACAUAUAGCUGAAUAUUUAGAGGCUUAUUGGAGAGCAACACACCCUGAAAUAAGUGUUCCAAAUGUACCCCGACCAAUAGGAACUUCUCCUCAAGCUUCACCAAGUGGGGACCAAGGUCGACCCACUUUGCCAGCACACCACGAUGUAUACGGAUAUUCUCAUGAAUCUCGAGGUAGUCAUGCAGGUGUUAGAUACAUAGGAUUGCAAAGUUGGGAUUCAGUAGACUCUUUAGAAUCACUGUCGUUUUUAUAGAUCACUGCAUGAUUGUCUUGAUUAUGAAUUAUUAUGCAUCUCGAAUGUAUUGAUUUAAGUUGCUUAGUAAGUUUAUCCGCAUUCAGCUAUGAUGGUGUUACUGUAUACGUAGUUCACGAAAAAUAAUUUACUGUCAUGCAACGGCCAAUUUUAGUGUGAGAGAAAAUGAGAAAGUAAAUUAUUGAAUCACGAAGUGUAUCAAGUAGGAUGAAAUUGCAUGCGAUGUACGAGUAGGCCUUGAUAUAGGAAAAUUCAAAUUAUCAUAAGAAAUUUCGAAAUUCUUGUCGAAAUUCUGUGUUUGAACAAAAAAUUUAAAUUCCAUUCAAUGAAACCAGAUAUGACCUUGAAAAUAUUACACAUUUCGUAAGGGUAGAAUGAUUACCAACUGAAAUAAAAAUUAACGGGUGUUUCAGUAUGAGGUAUUAAUUUCAAUUUACGGUGAUUUUCUUUAUUUUUUGUUUUUGAUAUAGAACAUUUCAUGCUGGGUAACUAUCUGGGAACUGUUUCCGUGAUAAUGUAAAAAUUAUAAACUGAAAAAUUAUGAAAGUUCGGCAGUAUAACCAUAAUUCAGCUGAAAUUAUUUUUGAAGUCCGGAAUACUUAUGUUGUACCAGAAGUGGGUGAGAACUUCGUUGUUUUGAAUGGAAUAUUAGUUUUGCAUUUUAUGUAGAAUUCUUGAUCCAUUUCACGGCCUCUUUAUAUUAUUUGUCUUACAUAGUUUCAGAAAUAUUCGACAUUUGUCAUAAAAAGUGACCUUUUCAAUUUGUUAAACAUUCCUAGUGAUUGAUUCACGAAUAUCAAAGAUUAACGAGGGCCUGAAAGCAAUAAGUUACAAGGUCAAACUUCGACAUUGACCGCUGUCACAGUAGCCCUUACUCAGACUUCAGCUAUGCACUGAGGAGACCUUGGCAGAUCGAAACAACGUUAUCUGAUAUUUGUUUUUGGCUAUAGUUUUAACUAAAUAUUCUUUGUACUUUCUAAUGUUUUUCAGUUCCUCGUAUGAAACGUUUAGGAAAAUGUAUGAGUUGAAGAGUAUGAAGUAGUCUAAAAUCUAUAAGUUUUCAUAUAAGACAGCGUUCUGUUAGAUCCAUUCCUCUUCGGAGACCUGAGGCGAGGUGGAGCUGGCAAGGUAUCACAUUAAAUAUUGUUGAAAAGGUUUUUCGAACCGAUAAGAGAAAUAUAAUCCAUUAUGUUGCUUCCUGGCGUUGAAGGUAUCGAACCUACCUGGUGUUAGACACCUUAUGUUGUCUGAAACUUUUCAGUAUAGCCAGUUGUAGAGUCAUAAAAUCAGGAAUCAGCUCAGUUACACUGCCGCUGUUGACGAUGAUGAGAUUUCUGAACAAAACUAGAUUUGUAUUCCCUACAACUAAUGACUGCUGUAACUUCUAGGGGCGUGAGCCUCAGCAGCCUAAAUGCAGAUUCGCUAUUGCUGACCUGAGUUAGUGCAACGAAUUAUAGAAUCAACUGUCUUAAACAAAUUUAUUUCCAACAAUAUUUCACUAAUCACAAACUAAUUUAUAUUCAACACUUAGCAACUUA